AUGGAAGUCAAUGGUGAACCAGAUAUAGCUGGUAUUUUAAGCGCGGCUUUAAUGCCAUUGAAAGAUAUGAAACAUGCAGAUAUUUUGGACCAGUAUGAAAUGAACAUGGCUGAUGGAAAUAUAACACCUGACGUUCUAAAACAUUUAUCUCAAAGAACUACACAGAACCAUAAAGAUGGUAUAUUUGGUGAAGAGUUUAGAAAGAAAGUUAGGGAGACAGAAGGAAGAGAACCUAUUGUACAUGACCUUGCAAAUGAAAGUUUACAAAAUGUCAUAAAAACUUACUUUGCAGACAAUGAACCGAGAAGGGAUGAAUAUUUAAGAAAACUCAAAUGGACAGUACCAAAUGAAAUGUUAGUAUUGAAAAACAUGUUCCUUGACAAAAUAAAACCAACUACAGAAAUAAACGACGCAAGACUGAAAGAUUGGGUAAAAGCUUUCCCAUUCACAAAGGAUAUUGUUGGUAACAUGGAAAGAAAACCAGAAUGGCUACAAAAACAUAUAUUUGGAAACGAGCAUAUUCCAUAUGGACAGGCACUGUUUGAAGAGCUUGAACCGGAAACUCAGGACAGAGUCAUGCAAACAAUAAGCGACGACUCAAAUACAAACUAUGACAAACUCUUUCUAGGAUAUAGGUUACCUGAGAUGGGCGACCAGAGCCCAAAGGCAAAAAGGGCAUGGAAAAUUUGCAACAUACUAGAUGAACAUAAUGCAAAGAUGCAACAACUUGAAGCAGAGGGCAAGUUACCAAAGCGACACCAAAGAAGAAGAGUAGAACAAAGUGAAAGUAGUGAAGAAGUAACUUCAUCUAGUGAAAGUAGUGGCAAUGAAGGAAAAAGAAGAGUUAAAAACUCAGUCAGGAAGAAAGUAAAGCUUGGUCCACGUGGGUUCUAUUAUGACAUAUAA